GCAACAGUGAGCACGUACAGUACGGUACAGGUCUUUGUGCGGGAUAGAGUGGGCGUAACGGUACCGUGCUGUAAACAAUAAGGACUGCACUGGCGAUUUCUGCAAGUUCUGGGACUGUAGUUUUGCACAAAGAGCCGAUUAAGAUUGAAAGAUUGAAGGGCGGUCCUAAGGAAUCAGUAUGCCAUAGUCACAGAACUUCAUAGGACUACAAAAUGGACAAAGGACAGAAGAGAGCUGCGUGUUGUGGAGAGUGUGGCACAAAGGAAUGCAUCAAACCUGUGAAGGUUGAGAAGACGGCGGGCGAGGUGGGGAAGAUUAAGAUUCACAAUGACGGCAGCUACGUGCAGGUGGCACAGACAGGUGAGGAAGUUAAGCUGCAGAAGGCUAAGAUCACGCUGAACGACUGCCUGGCCUGCAGCGGCUGCAUCACCUCUGCGGAGGCUGUCCUCAUCACACAACAGAGCCAGGACGAGCUCUACAGGGUCUUACAACAAAACACACAAGCAGCACAGGAUGGCGAGACAUCGCAGGAGAAGUUAGUGGUGAUCUCCAUCUCUCCCCAGUCCAGAACAUCUCUGGCUGCCAGGUACAACCUGUCCAGUCUGGAAACAGCCAGAAAACUCACCGGAUUCUUUAAACAAUUGGGUGCCCAUUAUGUGUUUGACACGACGUUUACGCGAGACUUCAGCCUGCAGGAGAGCCAGAGAGAGUUCGUCCAGAGAUUUCAGGGCAACGAUGCGUCGGCCCCCCUCCCCAUGUUAGCUUCUGCCUGUCCAGGUUGGAUCUGCUAUGCAGAGAAGACCCAUGGGGAGUAUGUGUUACCUUACAUCAGCACCACCAAGUCUCCACAGCAGGUCAUGGGGUCUCUGGUCAAGGAUCACUUCUCCAAACAACAGGGGAAACCUCCUGACCAGAUCUACCAUGUGACUGUGAUGCCCUGUUUUGAUAAGAAGCUGGAGGCCUCCAGAGAAGACUUCUACAGCGAUGUGUACAGAACCAGGGAUGUGGACUGUGUCAUCACUUCUGGUGAAGUAGAGGCCAUGUUGGAGAAGGAGGGGAUCUCCCUGGUGGAUGUCACUCCUGCAGACCUGGACACCAUGUUCAGUAGUACGUCAGGAGCAGAACUCCUGAGUCACAGCGGAGGCGGGUCAGGGGGAUAUCUGGAGCACAUCUUCAGAUAUGCUGCUAGGGAACUCUUCGGACAAGACGUGCAAUCUGUGAAUUACAAAACACUCAGGAACAAAGACUUUAAAGAGGUGACCCUUGAGGUGGAAGGGAAGGUAGUCCUGAAGUUUGCCCUGGCGUACGGCUUCAGGAACAUCCAGAACAUGGUACAGAAGAUCAAGCGAGGGAAGUCACCCUACCACUUUGUAGAGGUCAUGGCCUGUCCUUCAGGCUGUCUGAAUGGAGGUGGGCAGGUCAGAAUAGGAGACAAAGAGGCAGACAAGGACCUCCUGACCAGAGCAGAGGAGCUCUACUCGGCGCUGCCAGUUAGAACACCUGAGGAGAACCCUCUCCUUGAGUCCCUGUACAGCGAGUGGCUCAGUGGUAGGGACAAUGAGAAGGCCAGACGGAUGCUGCACACGUCCUACCAUCCUGUGGAAAAGAUGACGAACGCUCUAGCAAUCAAAUGGUGAUCACAACGAUGUUUCCUUGGUUUCUUUUAUGGUUAUUCGGGUCUUCUGCCUAGCCGGACUAAAAUCGUGCUCCUAGCGGCCGGCCUUACAGUAGCCACCACCUAGGGAGGGGGUCAGCCAGCGAGAGAUUGUGUAAACACAGGCUAGUGUUCUACCUGAAUCGCAAUGACAAUUCCUUGUUGUGUCUCUAUCAAGUAUCGACAUAAGGCACACUAUAGAGAAGAACAGCAUGGUAGAUGUCUCCAAACUUUACCUCCAUCAUUUUGGAUGAAAAGUUGGAUGGCUAUGUUAUAUAGAUGUACCUCAACAACAUAAAAUGCACAUAUUAUUGAGGCCAAGAAUAGAAUAGAACAUAGGUUUCUUUGUGUUGCAGAAAGAGCAUGCAAUAUGCGACCGUUGUGUCUUUGUGUGUUUAUGUUUUGUUGAAAAUACAAUACAAAUGUACAUGUACUUGCUUUUGGUAAAUACAAAUAUGUCUUGAGUAAAAGAAAACAUAUUUC